AAACAUCGUCGCCGUACCUCACGCGCUCAAUUUAAGGUAUUGGAGUCCGCUUUUCUUGGAAACCCAAAGCCUAAUGCAGCAGUACGUCGAUGGCUCGCUGAAACUUUGGUGAUGACACCUCGUGGAGUUCAGGUUUGGUUUCAAAAUCGCAGAGCCAAAGAUAAA